CCUGAUGUGGAUUAGCUCUCUCCGCAUUUUAGCGCGACCCCGGUUGGAGCGAGGUCGGAGAACCGGCAACGUUGCUUAGGCACCAUAUCAAUCCGAAAGUGAGAAAGGCUUUACUUGAUGAAUAAAAUGCAAGCAAAAGAGUACUUUAACAUUCCACGAUAAUGACUGCCAAAAUGCCAUCAAUGACGCAAAUCACCCAUUUCAACUAUCCCUUCACGCUUCGAGCGCGUCAUUUCUCCAGUUCUUCUAUAUACCGUUCAUCAACAUCCGAUUCGUCCCCACUGUCCGCUGCUUCAGUAGCCUCAUCAUUUCUCUCCAAAUUUGCAUCUUUGGGUCCUCAAACCCGCACUCAGACUCUCGAUGCAAACCAAUUGCAACUACUCUCUCUGACUCUGAAUCGUCCAACGCUCUAUGCUGACUCUCCUCAUCUAUCCAAUGCCGCACCACCUCCUGCGGGAACUCCACUCCCGCCUGGAUAUCACCUGGCGUACUUUACCCCUCCCUUUCUCGAAGGGGAGCUGGGUGCAGACGGCACGGAUAAAUCGUAUAAUCCAGAGUCACCGUUUACUAGACGAAUGUGGGCAGGUGGAGAGGUGCGAUGGCCACGGAGAGAUGGGGAAGUGUUGAAUCCUCUCCGCGUAGGACAGGAAGUUCGAGAGACGACCAAGGUGUUGUCUGCAGAGCCGAAGGUGGUGCGGAAAACGGGCGAAGAGAUGAUUGUUGUUGGUGUGGAGAAGAUGUUUGAGAAUGAAGAUGGGGUUGCGGUUAUUGAUCGACGGAACUGGGUCUUUCGGAAAGCUCUUCCUACCGAUGGGCCUAAACAUAAUCCACCACAGCCUUGCGUUGGUGUAUCUUCAUCACAACCUGCACCAGAACCUUCUUCUCCUACAGCAAAGGUACACGUCCGGACUUUGAAACAGACACCCGUCACCCUGUUCCGUUUCUCUGCACUCACUUUCAACGGGCAUAAGAUCCACUAUUCCCUGCCUUGGGCACGGGAAGUAGAAGGCCACAAAAGCAUCGUUGUCCACGGACCACUGAAUCUAAUUUCGAUUCUUGACUUCUGGCGAGACGUUCGAGGUCAAGGUGGCAAAUCAGAUGAAUUUUCCAUCGUUCCUGAGAGUAUUUCUUAUCGAGCUACGAAUCCGCUAUACGCGGAGGAGGAAUACCGUAUGUUCCUGGAAGAGGACGGAAAAGAAGGCCGAGUACAGAUAUAUGGUCCUACUGGUGAUGUUGCUAUGAAGGCGGAGAUAAGGGCUUUUUAAGGCUGGUGUAAUCACAUGUUUUCACUGUUAACUGCAUCUCUCUGUCGUUGGAUCCGGUGCUACAAUUGAGACAACUAGCAUUAUCUGAGGAGCGAAGCUCGCUGAGCUUGGAUUCAUCUAGCAACUAGCUCAGCCUAUUUAUCCCUGUGGGUGGAGGAGCCAGAAAGGCGUGGGAGAAACCCGACAGGAAAUCUGCCUGUAGGCAGAUUCCGAC